AUGGAGAUGAAUUAUGAUGAAGGGGUCCUCCAUCAAAUUGAGGAGGAGCUAGGGACAACGAUCUUACCCGGUACGGAGAUUAUGGCGGACGUUGGCUCGCAUCAUUUCGUCAAGUCUUCGUCCAAGUCCAAUCGCGUCUUGGUCCCUCAACCGUCAAAUGAUCCUCACGAUCCUCUGAAUUGGAACCGGUUUUGGAAAACUCUGACGAUAUUCACAGCCACAUUGACUACGUUUAGCCAAGGGUUUGGGCCCCUAGCCCUUGCCCCUAUGAUGCCUCAGAUGGAAGAGACCUUUGACAGGAGCUUAUCCGAUAUUGUGCAAUUUACUGGGGUCUGUAUUCUAGUAUUGGGCUUCAGCAACUUUCUUUGGAUUCCGCUUUCAACGUCCUUCGGUCGACGCCCUGUAUUCAUUUUUUCGACUCUGAUAUGCCUUGCCAGCAAUAUCUGGCGCGCUGUAGCACCUGGUUAUGGGAGUUAUAUGGGUGCUUGUGUGCUAAAUGGUCUGGGUGCUGGCCCUGCGGAGACUCUCCAACCGCAAGUUAUAGUGGACAUUCUCUUUCUUCAUGAGCGUGGGGCUUAUAAUACCCUAUAUUUCACCUUCUAUUUUGGAUCCUUGAUGAUCGGCCCGAUAGUCGCGGGGGCCAUGGCAGACCACAUUGGUUGGCGCAGCUUUUUCUGGCUGAAUGUUGGGUUGCUAGGUCUUUCAUUGAUUCUGCUGGUCUUUUGUUUCCCGGAAACUAAGUGGCGCCGUGUUCACCCGAACGAAAUCGCUCAUGCGGAGCAAACCCCAAGUGCGGAUGAAUCUGAAGAGGCCGACAAGCCGAUUGGUAGUCAGAAAGAGGAUGUGCGAGUGGAAGAAUAUGCACCUGAUUCCUGCUUACACAAAGGCUCUCCUUGCAAAAAGCAGUUCCAAAUCUGGCAACUGGAAGGAGCGAGCUGGAAGGACAUUCUCGUCAGUUUCUGGCUCCCGUGGAAGCUAUUGGCAUUCCCAAUUGUCGAGCUCUCUGCCUUUGUUGUCUCCUGGUCGGCCAGUUGCUUCUUGACAUUAAAUCUUACCCAAGCCCAGGCAUUUGCUGAACCUCCCUACAAUUUCACCAGCCAAACGAUCGGCCUUUUUAACCUUGCGAUUCUUGUCGGGGCGUUCAUCGGCCUGGCUACCAAUGGGCCAUUUUCGGACUGGAUCUCGAUAAGGGCCACUCGUAAGAACAAGGGGAUUCGAGAACCCGAGAUGCGACUUCCGGCAAUGGCAAUCUAUGUGGUAGUUAUGAUCAUUGGAAAUUUUGUAGUGGCUUUUGGCUACGAGUACAAAUGGGACUGGCGGGCAAUUGUCAUCAUCGGGUACACUGCCGCUGGGGUACAGGUCGCUGCUCUGCCAGCGAUUGUCAGCACGUAUGCUGUCGAUAGCUAUAAGCCCGUUGCGGGCUCUAUCUUUGUCGCUAUCACGGUCAAUAAGAACUUGUGGGGCUAUGGCUUCAGCAAGUUCAUCACGCCAUGGAUUACGGCGAGUGGCUUUGUGAAGCCGAUCAUGUUGAACAUGGGCUUGUACUGUCAGGGGCAAAACCAAUCUCUGGACCCUGAACCACUUCAGAAAUGGGCUGAAGAAGGAUUUGCAGUGGCACAGAUCACACUGGAUGCGCAGAACAGCAAUACCGAAGCUAUCGCUAGUUUGGGUUCCCAAGCCCGACAACAAUUGUUCGACCUCCCGGAGUGCACCUCUGAUAACAGUCUUGGGCUGAUAGUAUAUGGAUCUAAAUUGGACUAUGCCACCGUUUCCGAUGACGUUUUGCACGCUUUCGUCGACACUGUCGAGGCGGUGGUAUGUUUUGACUCGUGGGAAAUGACAGGCGAUACAAGAUCUCUCUUGCAUAUGCCCACCCCUCGGAGUGAUUUUCUUGGCAAAGUUGGCCAGCAGACGGCUUAUUUUUAUCCCGAUAUUGUCUCCUCCGGCUUCAUUGUCCCUGGUCAUCCGGACUUCAAGAUAUCGACAGCCGGUGUUGUGCAUACGAGAAACCUGACAUUUCUCAAGAAGAUUCUCGGGGGGCCUAACUUUGAUCUUGAAAAGAUAUGGGAUGAACACACAUACUAUGAAUUUGGCGACCGCUCUGUUGAAAAGACCAUGGCCACUAUGGUGCAGGAACCCUACGUGAACCAUGUUCCGACGAUGACCGGUGGCCUCGGUCGGGCUCGUCUGAGCCACUUCUACCUCCACCAUUUCAUUUUCAACAACCCGGACGAUACAGCGAUUGAAUUGGUUAGCCGCACGAUUGGUACCGAUCGCAUCGUUGAUGAGUUUAUCUUUUCUCUUACCCACGUGAAACAGGUUGACUGGCUUGUGCCUGGCAUUCCACCGACCGGAAAGCUACUUCGCAUUCCCUUCACCUCGGUGGUUAACAUCCGCGGCGACAGACUCUAUCAUGAGCACAUUGCAUGGGAUCAGGCUACCGUGCUUGUUCAGCUUGGUCUGCUGCCCGAGUAUCUACCCUUCCCGUAUGUCCUGCCUGACGGCUCCGUCCCGGCUCCGGGGAAACGGUUCGAAUACCGAGUUCCAGCCGCCGGGGCUGAGACUGCCGAUAAGCUGCAGGGGGAUCAUGGAGUGGCCUCGAACGGAAUGAUUGAAUAUAAGAUUCGGGAGGUUGAUGAUCGGUGA